AUGCCGUUUGUGGAGUUCAUCGCAGGAUGGAUUUCAGGUGCUGUGGGUUUAGCUGUUGGACACCCUUUGGAUACAGUAAAGGUGCGCUUGCAGACCCAGUCUGUGUAUGGAGGGAUAGUAGACUGUGUGAUCAAAACGUACACACGUGAAGGAUUGCAUGGCUUUUUUAAGGGCAUGUCCGUUCCUGUGCUUUCGGUGGCCAUCAGCAAUGCCGUGGCGUUCGGAUCCUACAGUAACACCUUGGAUUACCUGACGCAGUCCCACCACAGCGACCACAGCCAGCGCUCUCCGCUCUCUCACGUCUUCAUAGCCGGCUGUUUUUCAGGUCUAGCACAGUUAUUCGUAACCGCUCCGAUAGACCUGGUCAAAGUGCGUCUGCAGAACCAGACCAGAAGCAGAUCGGCUGGGAAUAAAUACAGAGGGCCUUUACACUGCGUCGCUGUGAUUGUCAGAGAGGACGGGCUGAAAGGGCUGUUCAGGGGUUUCUGGGCUCUUGCUCUUCGAGACGUGCCUUGUUUUGGACUUUACUUCCUGCCAUAUGAGUUCACCUUAAGGAUGAUGUCUGAGAAAGGGAAGCAGCCAGGUCACAGUGCUGUGAUGGUGGCCGGCGGUGUUGCUGGUGUGGUGACGUGGGCCUGUGCAACCCCUAUGGACGUAGUGAAAGCUCGACUGCAGAUGUCAGGCGGUGGCGGUCGGGUCUACAGCGGCGUGCUAAACUGCAUUACUGUGAGUGUUCGUGAGGAGGGAAUACGCGUCUUCUUUAAAGGUCUUCUUCUCAACAGCGUGAGGGCUUUCCCUGUCAAUGCUGUGACUUUUCUCAGCUACGAGAUGAUUCUGAGAGCCUGUGUGGACUGAGCGCUGCAGGGCUGAUGGGAUCUCGUAUACCAAAACCUUGAAACAGGUGGCAUUUUAGUACGUUUGGCCCGAUUACGACUCUGUAGGGCUGUAAAUGCAUCCCUAAGAAAUGGGACAGCACUACAACACCCUGACACGUCAUCGCAAGCUCUUACUGCAUGAGGUAGAUGACGGCGACUGCUGUAGUGAUUCCAGUUGCGUUAUUUUUUUGGUAUUUAUCUUCAGGAAAUGACUGAAGGCAACGAUAUAACGAUUAAAUGUGCUCGUAAUAAGCUCAUAAAUGUAUUGUAUAUUUACACCAUGGCCAUAUUCAUCUAUUUAAACAAGAAAAGCAUUAAGCAGGGCAUUUACAUCUGCACUUUUUAUGAUCCGAUACCCAUCCAAU